UGUAAUUCGCUUAGACAAUUUAUAUGAUGUGGAUUGGCAUUCCUUGUCAUGAACUUGUCGUUCUUUAGUCAAAAUGGUUAUCAAGUCAUACCUCAUUUUAUAAAGAAUGAGACUUGUUCUCAGUUGAUUACACGAGCACUACAAUGGGUGAAAAGUUUGCCUGUGGACCAAGUAUCCAUCUUUUCAACGGAAAACCAAACUGCAGAUUCCUAUUUCCUUGAAAGUGGUCGAAGUAUUCGUUUGUUUUUUGAGGAAGAAGCUGCAAAGAAUCCCGAGUGUCUACAAGUAGACAAGGAACGAAUGGUUAACAAAAUAGGCCACGCACUACAUGAUUUGGAUCCAGUCUUUCGUUCAUUUUCACGUUCCAACUCCAUCAAGUCAUUAGCUUUGCAGUUAGGCUUUCAAAUCCCAGUACCUGUACAGUCCAUGGUCAUCUUGAAACAACCUUGGGUAGGUGGAGAAGUGCGACCCCAUCAAGACUCAUCUUUUCUUUAUACCCAACCACCUUCUUGUAUUGGUCUUUGGUGGGCGUUACAAGAUGCCACUGUAGAUAAUGGUUGUUUAUGGGUGUUGGAAGGUUCUCAUAAGUGCGCCAUUCAUAAAAGGAUGCGCCGAACACCGGAUGGAAAGAGUAUUUAUUUCUAUGAGGAGAAUCCCAAGGACUGUGACUAUACAGUUUUAGAUAACUAUAAACCUAUAGAGUGUGAAGCGGGUUCACUCAUCUUAUUACACGGAGGUUGGUACCUUGUCUUUAAAUAUAGUGUCACUAGGGUGACUGAAUAUCCAAUAGCUUUAUGGCACUUUAGUUGUAAGAAUAAGAGUAGUCAAAGUCGCCAUGCAUAUUCUUUGCAUCUUUUAGAAGGAAAAGAUAGUGUUUGGUCUCCUGAUAACUGGUUACAGCCUAGUCAUUUACCUUUUGAACCUUUAUAAAGGAGGACUUGAGAGAAAUGCCAUGG